AUGCGGACGGACCAGUGGAUGCGGACGGAUAGACGGAUGCGGAUGGAUAGAUGCGGAUGGACGAAUGGAUGCGGAUGGAUGGAUGAGGAUGGAUGGAUGCGGAUGGAUGGAUGGAUGAGGAAGGACGGAUGGAGCAUGCGGAUAGAUGGAUGGAUACGGAAGGAUGAAUGGAUGCGGAUGGAGAUGAAUAAAUUUCAUUUAUGA